AUGAUUGCUAAUGUGGGCUUCAAUAUGGAGACCAAGUUAGCGGAGAUACAUGUUCAAGGUGAAUGGCGAUGGCCUACUCUAUGGGUUGAGCGAUUUCCUGUUUUAGCGAACUUGCGGCAUAUUGUAUUGAAUGCAAAUAGUCGAGAUAAGCUAGUUUGGAAGACUAGAGUGGGUAGACAAGUGGAGUUUAGUACAACUUCAGUUUGGGAUGAUGUCCGAACAACCCAGAACGAGGUGCAAUGGGCGAAGGUGGUCUGGUUCUCGCAAGCGAUCCCUAGACACUCUUUCAUUAUGUGGCUCAUAGUGAACAAAAAACUGAAGACUCAAGAUAUUAUGCGCACAUGGAACUCAUCAGGGAAUGCUAAUUUCAAUCUUAUGUGUUGUUCUUUGUGUACCUCAGGUCCUGACUCUCAUGAACAUUUGUUUUUUGAGUGCGGCUAUGCAUCGGAUGUUUGGAAUGGUGUGAAACAAAAAGCUGAUGUGGGUACUACUCCUAAUCAGUGGCAUGCAAUAUUUGAUUACCUGUUGGGUAUAGCAAACUCGAAAAAGAUCACUCAUGUGAUCGUAAAACUUUUGAUGAGCACGGCGGCAUACUUUGUAUGGGAUGAAAGAAAUCGACGAUUAUUCGCGACCAAACGAAGAAAUAAGACGCAACUGGUGGAUGUGAUUCUUUCUACAGUUAGGCUAAAGCUCCAAACAAUGAAAUUCAAGAGUUCUUUGCAAAUGGAAUAA